GCCGCAUCGGCACUUUCAGGUUCAUCUAUGAAACUACUAUUUAAUAACUGCUUUUAGACCCCCGAAUCCUGCCCCCUCUUUUCUCCAGGUGAUACCACGUGCACCCAUGUCGACCACUAUCACCCCAGAGGAAAUCCAAGGUCUGGACCUAUACCAAGUGACAGCUCCAAAAAUCAAAUACAUCAGCAUUGCUGCUUUGACGCUCCUUACGUGGGACCUUGUCCUAACUUUUCCUCAAGAGGUUAAAUUAUGGAACACCAGAUGGACGCUUGCAAAAGUUCUGUUUUUCGUGAAUCGAUACUUCGCGCUUGGAACAGCUAUCUUAAUGACAUUCUUAACGUUUGACGUCGCACCAACCGAUGCUAUGUGUUCUGUAAAUGCGUUCUUUGCCGUCAUCGCAUUGUUGCUGGUAGCGAAUAUUCAAAUGAUUCUCCAACAUCGAAUAUAUGCGCUGUACGCAUAUGACAAAAGAAUCGUCGUUCCUGUGUCGAUGCUGUUCAUCACGAUCUUCAGCACUAUGAUGGUGAUGGCAGUGGUUGUAUACUUGUAUGAGAAGGAUCACGAAGCUCAGAUCUUUGGCGCAUGCUGUUUGCUUGGAUCUAUGGAGUGGUUAUAUCUCUUUUGGGUACCCAUGAUGGGCUUGGAACUUGUUCUUGUCGUGUUGGCAGGCCACAAAUCUCUUCAACACUAUUUCCAGGUACCGGACAAGACCUGGUCUGGUGCCCGUCUUAUGCGUACCUUUGCACGAGACUCGGUCCUUUAUUUUCUUUGCAACUUUUUGAUAUAUCUGUUUAGCACAUUGCUAGGCAAAUUUGGUCCUUCUGUGUAUUAUCAACUUGGCGCGAUCACGAUUUCAGUUGUCCCACCUGUAUCGGCGAACCGUCUCCUCAUCAACAUGUACAACUUUGCACACGACGAGCAGUCAACUUGGACGAUAGGUUUCGGAAGCUAAACCUUCCCUGCAAUUUGUGAAAGACACGUCGAGAGUACACCACGAGGAUAUGGAGCUUACAUUCGUGAGGACGAAGGGUUCCGAGCAGGCGGAUGCAUCAUCGUUUGAAUGAUAUCAGUCGGGUGUA